UCACUCACCACGUCCAGCCUCCACAGCCAUCCGAUGCCUCGACCGCCCCGCGUAUCUGUCUCCGCGUUCGCAGGCUGAGCCUUUGGCAAGGCAUCUCUCCAGCGACCGUCCCCUGACUAGGCACUGACUAGGCAUUACCGGAGGGGUUCUUUUAUAUACGGCUCUAAUGCCUUUUGCAGGCACAUACGACCAUACCCAUUGGAAAACUCGGGAUCCCGUCCGCUCCCCCAUAGAUAAGCCAAUGAGGGCUGGAGUAGUAGUCGGGUCGGUGACGACCGGCGAAUGCCCGGUGUUGUAUGUUUUUUGCAGUCUUCCUUAAUCGAGGAUCGUUGUUCGUUUUGUUCAACUACAAUGGUGAGUGGUCACGGAGCGAGGUGCGCGAUCGGACAGAUGCGAUGGAUUGGCGCAGACAGCUGCGGGCUUGUAAGCUGCUUGCAGGGGCGGUCACUCUUGGGCGGCACCCCUCACCAUCAUCACGGUCGCACAGUUGCAAUCCCAACCCAUCACGACGGGUCAACUCUUCGAAUGUGAGAAGUCACCUUCCUUUUCACAAUGGCUGGCAACCACCCGACAGGAUCCCCCAGGGUGUUGGGGCCGUCACAGGUUCCGAGGCCAUCAUGACCGCCGGGGCCAUUAAGACCGCCGAGCGUGCUACAAGUGAAAAGGCUAUUCCGACUGCUGAAGUCGGCACCAGCUCUGACCCUACCGCUGAAGCCAUCACUAGCUCAGACACCACUGAUAAAGUCAUCGCAAGCUCCGAAGCCAGCACGAGCUCUGAAGCCAUUACGACUGCCGAGGUCAUUACAACUGUUGAAGUCGUCACGAGCUCUGAAGCCAUCAAUGGCUCUGAAGUCAUCACGAGCUACAACGUCAUCGCAGCCAACGAAGUCAUCACGAGCCCUGACACUGUUGUUGAAGCCAUUACAACUGCCAAGGUCAUCACCGGCCCCAGCACUAACAAGGGUCUAUUAAGCACUGUGGCUGCUACUAUCCAGCUCUUGAUAUUCGCUAUCAUCACUCUCUACAACGACCUCUCUGCUAUACACGUCACAAUCUCUCUGCCUAAGGGCUGGGCAGUUAUUUUUGCCCUUCUUGUUAAGUUGCUGGCUAGAGGCCGAGGCUGAGGGGGGGUGUUAAGACCGAUAGGUCACGUGAUCAACUGGUGGGGUCAGCCUGCCUGAGGCCGCUAUCGGGUUGAAACGGGCUGUAUUGAAGAAAAGGUCUGCAGCGUAGCAUCUAUAGUUCCUUUAAUGAGGGUGGAGGUUGUGUUAGGAAGUGAAGUUGUUAAUUACACACGCAGACUCGCGCAAUACAUUAAUUAUCCACUGGUGUUCUCUGUGCGUUUGACCAUCAGUGUUGGCAACAGCAGGAUGACCAAGGGAAGUUGUGGACUAGGAAGCCUAGCAGAAGCCCUGACUUAUUAAUUGUUAGGUGUGAUCGUGUCAUAGCGCAAUGUGGUGGAAGGU